AUGACGUCAAGUUUAGAUUCCAAAGGCAGGAGAUGUACACCGAGAAUCUCUCCGGAAGAUGUCGAUGAUAUCUCUACUGAAGAUGUGGUAGUUGUGAUGGCUAUCGUCGUUUCCCUUGUUCGCUCUUUCCAUCGUCCCCUAUGUUCUUUUUCAUCUUCCACACCUAAACAUCUUCUUAAAUAUCACAUCUGUCCCUUCUGGUCUCCUUCUUUUUUAUUCUGCCUACCUCAUCCUCCUCUCAGCACUCUCCUCCCACUCCUACUCACCUUCGCUUUCCCCGUCACCGCUCAUCGCCGCGAUUCAUUUUGCCCCGCCACACUACCAUCCUCAAUGUUGACGGUUUCUAAUGAUAAUCCUCUAUUGAAGGACUUCAUGUUCCCUCCGUUUGAUGCAAUUGAUGCCUGUCAUGACAGCGAUUUGGUGGAAUUGGAGAAAACUGUGGAGUCGUCAUGGCAGAAACUGGUGGAACCGUUAGAGAAGAUGUUGGAUCGGUUGAGUGUUGUUUGGGGAGCUGUUAAUCAUCUUAAGUCUGUUAAAGAUACUCCUGAACUACGUUCAGCUAUUGAAGAAAUCCAGCCUGAGAAAUUCGAAUUUGACUUGAAAUUGGGUCAAAGUAAACCUAUAUACAAUGCUUUUAAGGCUAUAAGGGAAUCACCAGACUGGGCAGGACUAAGUGAUGCUCAGAAGCGAAUUGUUGAAUGUAAGUAUCUUCAAGUUCUUCUGAUUGUCAAAGAACAAUGGUUAUUUUAUUGUGCUUAUCAGUUAUCACUUCAAGGUCAUGAAAAUGCAACUGCUAAAAAUGGGCCAUGGGUGUUUACUUUGGAUGCUCCAAGUUUUAUGUCUAUCAUUCAACAUGCCAAGAACCGAGCUUUACGGAAGGAAGUUUAUGAUGUUUAUAUAACCCGUUCAUCUGUUGGAAAACUAGAUAAUACUCCAGUUAUUGAACAAAUUCUGAAACUUAGAUUGGAAAAGGCUAAACUUCUUGGCUACAAUAACUAUGCAGAGGUAAGUAUGGCAACCAAGAUGGCUACUGUUAGUAAAUCAGAAGAGCUUCUGGAAAAACUCAGGAGUGUUUCCUGGAAUGCUGCAGUUCAGGAUAUGGAAGAUCUGAAGCAGUUUGCCAAAAGUAAAGGCGCCCCUGAAGCUGACAACUUGAACCACUGGGAUAAUAAUAUUUAG